UAUACAUGUGAUUUCAUUAAGCAAACAGCCAGUGUGAGGCCGUGACAACAGACGCCGGGUAUAGCAGAGCAGUGGACAGUGGUGAUCAGGCGCAGGACGCUUAUGGGACACCCGUGGGACGCCCGUGGGACGCCCGUGGGACGCUCACCAGCAGAAGCCCGCUAGCAACGGUCGGGAGGGGACCACUGCUCACCCUGAAGACUCGAGAGCGCCUCAUUAUAUGUGUAUAACACUCAAAAUACAAACCAUUCAUAGAAACUCCCAGGAGACGGGGGAGGACUGUGACACACCCGUCGUGAGACAUGGCAGAUCGCAGUGAUGUACAGGACUCCUGUAACUUGGAGAUCUCCGCGUGUCCGGAGCCACACCUGGAGGCCACACAGGACCUUGAGCUGCUGGCUCAGGAGAUAGCUGAAGCUGCCGUGGAGGAAAAGAGGUCGUCCAACACUUCGUCACCAACCCCAUCACAACAGUCUCUCUCAGAGCUAGAGAGUACGGAGGAGACAGACAAGGACAAAAUUGAGGAAGGUCAAACAGAGAGAGGAGGUACUAGAGAGGAGUCGAUUGAUGUGGACGAAGAAAAAGGCGAGAGGCCUAGGUCUGACAGCCCAGUCGAUGAGGCUUCUUGGGUCCUUGUAGACGCCGAGGUUGAAAUCGAUAACAGCAGACAAAAUGACGAAGACAGCCAAAGAAGACCCCUGGAGUAUAAAUUUAGUGUUUUUAGAAAGUUCUUGGCGCGAGGAGAUCUGCGCCAGAAGCUUACAGACAUAGGCUUGACGUGCGACCCCAGCAGCGAGCCACAGGCCGAGCAAGAUGACAGCCUUAAGCAGCAAGAUGUGCUCAGCCUGCAAGAGCUGGUUGUAUCUUGUUCAGAGUCUAUGGUGAUCUGCGACAUGCCUAAGGUAGGUGAGGAGGAGGAGGAAGACGACUCUCAACUAGAACUCUUCCUCAAGGACCUGCCAGACUGUCCCAAGCUCUCAGGCUGGAGGGGCACCUUCUCCGGCGCUCAGGUGGUGGUGGUGGUGGAGCGUCAGGGAGGGCUGGUGGUGGCUGGGGUCACGGUGCGCCACAUCGACCUCCUCUCCGCCCUCGCCUCCCUCCAGCAGCUCGUUACUUCAACAGGUUUGGUGUCCUAUGCUGAUAUUGAUGUUCCCAGCCUCCUGGCUCGUGCUGCAUGAGUCAUUGCUACCUCCAGUCUUCUGCGCCUCCUUCAACCUACAGACACUGCUAGAGGAGUUCAAAGAUGUAACCCAGCCUGCCUGCCAUAUUUCAGCCUGGGGUGAAACUCUGUCACUCACCACAUCAGCACAGCUGGAUGACCUACCUUUGCCAGAUUAUGGUGCCCGACUCCAGAACAAUUGACAGCAACUCAUGCAAAAUUCGACAAACUACAGAAGGCAGGAAUAAUCCAACCAUCAAACAGCCCAUGGGUAUUGCUUCUCCAUGGUUCAAAAAAACAGCCCCAGGGGAGUGGCACGAAUAACAGACACCAAUAUGUAUCCAUCAAUGACAUAACCUCUCCCACUCUACCAUUAUAACCAUAGGAGUGCCAAAAGGCAGCAUCUUAGGCUCUCUCCUAUUUCUUAUAUACAUUAAUGACUUGUUAAUUGUUUCUUAACAUUCUUAAACAUAUUAUAUUAUUUGCUGAUGAUGCAGUACUACCUUCAUCUGCUGAAAUUCUAACCCACACACUCUAAAUAAUAGGGUAAAUAACAAAUUAAAGAGAGUCCGCUCAUGGAUGUCAACCAACAAAUUCACACUAAACAUAAGAGACCUACUACAAUUUAUUUGGAAGCAAAUCAUCAAAUCAAAUUCACCUUCAGAUAGAUGAUAGCAACAUAAAUCAUAAAAAUGAAGGAAAGUUCCUUAGCCUAUACAUAGACAAGAGACUAAACUUCAGUACUCAAAUACAGCACAUACCCAAAAAAGUUUCUAAUAAUUGUUGGUAUAUUUUAAGAAAUCGGAUUUUAUGUUCCCCACUCUGCUCAUUUUACACUAUACUACUCGCUAAUCAAACACGGCGUUCAUCCACUGCAAACUACCUCAAGCCCAUCAUCACCCAGCAAAAAUCUGCCAUCGAAACUAUAAUAAACUCUGUCUUCAGACAACACACUGCCUCUCCAUUUAAAUCCCUAAACAUGUUAAACAUACACUCAUUCCACACAUUCUCUUGUGCUAUGUACACUUAAAAAGAAACUUAUUCCUCGAUUCUAGUCCUAAUUUGAAACUCUUCUUUGAUGUAAUAGAACCCAUGAGCACCACACCAGAAAUCUCUGAUAUUCCUAGAGUCAGACAAAAUCGGUGCAAACACUCCAUGCAAAUAAAAUGACCCAGUGUAUGGAACUCACUCCCUAAUGAAUUCAAAAAUUGUCCAACCUAUAUUUUGUUCAAAAGUAAAACCAAAAAGUGCCUAAUUUCAUCCUCAUAGUUUCUCACCUUGUGCUACUAACUCACUGUCUUUUGUGCUACCCACUCACCCAAUUUAGGAUGUAAGACAUGCAACUUCAUCAGUAUAAUCUACUCUAUUAAUUUGUAAUAUAUUUAUUAUGUUGAACUCAAAUUCUGUUGCAGUGUACCUACUGGGUAUUUUUACUUUAUAGUAUUGGUUACAUAAGGACCUGCCUGAAAUGCUGUGUGUGUUAGUGGCUUUGCAAGAAUGUAACACGCGUACCCCAGUGCAGUACUUUAACAACCAAAGUACCUUCUUGUAUAGAAAUAAAUAAAUAUAUAAAUAAAAUAAAUAAAUAAAGCAGAUCCCUAAAUAUCUGCACCCUACUGGAUUGCUACUCAAUACUACACAUACUACCAAGACUUCUCCACUAGAUUGGGCAACUCUGCCAUCUUCUGAAAGAUUGACCUGCUCAAGGCAUUUCAACUGAUUGAUUCCGGUGGAACUUGCAGACAUUCCUAAGAUAGCAGACACAACACCCUUUGGCUUGUUUGAAUUUGUUCAUAUGUCUUUUGGCUUGCGCAACAUGCCCAGACUUUACAGCGUUUCAUCAAGCAAGUGGUCAAGGACCUCCCCCUUCUGCUGAUCAUACACUGACAACUUCUUGGUGGCCACUCAUUCACCAGCAGACCAUCCAUCUACUACAUCUCUGGGGUCUGAUUACCUGCUUUUGUAACUAUAGCCUACAAUUAAAUUCUGAGAAGUGCAUUUUCAGUACCCCGAGCUGGACUUCCAGGGACACCAUGCAUCAGCAGCUGAAAUUUAACUGCUAAGAAAAAAAUUAAGCUGUUAAAGAAUUCCCACACCCAUCUAACCUGAGAAAGUUACAAUAGCUUGUUGGUAUGGUGAACUUUUACGUCUGUUUCAUUCCACAUUGUUUGAACAUAUUGUGACACUUACACAACCUCCUGUGGGAUGUAAACAUACAUCUGGCUUCCAUUGGACUUUACUCUGCAAGCCAAGACAGCAUUCAGUGACAUCAAAUGCAAACUCGUGGAGCUUACCUUGCUCAUUUGCUCAACAUUUGACAUCCCCACCAGCCCAUCAACCGAUGCCUCCAACAUAGCCAUUGGGGCAAUCUUGUAUCAACUAAUAAGAAAGGAAUGGCAUCCCAUUCCAUUGUUUUUAGCCUGAUUUUUGCCUGCAGAGGAAAAAUACAGCACCUUCCAUGGGGAACUCUUCACCUUGUAUGAAGCCAUCCAGCAUUGCUGACACUUCCUUGAAGGAUGUUUCACAUCCUCGCCAACCACAAACCACUAACGUCUGCGAUGACAGCCACGGAAGAGUUUCUCUACCCACAGGUAGUCCACAACUUAGGACAUCUCUCAAUUCACCACAGACAUCUGACUUGUUAAGGGAUGCUGACAGUACCGUAGCUAAUGCAUUAUCUCAGCCCACCCAGACAUAACACAACCUAUUUUGUGAGGUUGAUGCUUACAGCAUUUUGAGACAGGUGGGAUAUCCUCCCUUCAUACCAAAUGCGGGUUAACCCCUUGUUACAUACCAAGGUGAUCUUUCGUAACAUCAAGGACUUUUUAUCUUAUGUGUUUGGUCAAUUUCUCCUAUUGUUAUUAGGAACAAUGUAUAGCAGCAGUACAGUAUUAAUCAUGUGGAAGGUGGUAAGGAAGAAAAUAUAACUACUGUAUAGAUGAAAAGCUGAAAUUGAUACAAUUUGAUAUUAGAGCCAUUGUUGAGUACAGUAUUGUGAUACAUAUGCCCCAUGCUUUGGCAUUUUAAUGAGAUUACUUAGUUGCUUCUUGGAAUAUGUCACUCGCAUAUCCACUUACUAUAUAAGUAAAUUUCUGUAUGCCUUACAUUAAUAAAUAUCACUUUAAAAUUGUAUAUUAUUUUCUAAAUUUCUUGAACAAUUCAUAUAUGUUAGCUUAUUUCUAGUUUAGAAUUAAGUGUUUACAUCAUUAAGUUAAACAUAAAUUAACUAAAUUAUGCUGAAGUCAUGCUCAAAAUGCAUAUACUGUAAAUGGCUUUAUUUAAUAUAAAAUCCCUGUACCUAAUAAUUAACCACUAAGAUGUUAUUUACAGUAUAUUUUUUUAAAUACACCUACUGUAAUAUUAUUGCAUCAAUAACUGAAAUUUAUGAAUUGCAGACGAGUUAAAACUGAAACUUUAACACUAUAAAUUAAUUUCUUCCAUGUCUAAUACAGUAACUUUAGUUUGAUUACACUAAUAAGACAUUUUUCUUUUCUUUUUUAUAUUUAUAUAUAAUUAUAAAUAUAAUUUUUAUUGUACAGUACUUAGUAAUGUUUGGUACUUUUGCAGUGUACAGCUUAUUUUUCUGUAAAUAAUAAUUGUUCUAGUUCUGUAUAAUGUUCUGUAUGAUGUAAGCAAUAUUUGAGGGUGGUAAAUAUUUUUUCCUAUGUAUUUGUUUUGCAUUUAUAUUAAAAAAAAAAUUAUAUGUAUAUGUUAUACUCUAACUUACAUUGCUCUAGACACAGUACUUUGAAUUUGAAGCCACGCUUUAGGAUAAUCAGGCACAUACCAUACCAUUCAAUUGUAUAUUUGAACAUUUUCACCAAUACAACCUCAAGCUGCUUGUAAACACAAUCAGAAAGAAAUUUAAUUUCUAAUUUUAUAAUUCGUAAUACAGUACUCCAUAAUAAUGUAAUUUUUGUUUUUCAUUUUCCAGUGUGCCUUAAGUGACAGAACCAGUGCUUGAAGUGUUCUACUCAUAAAAUGGUGUCAAAUUUGGGAAUAUUUCCUGUUUGGCAACAGACUUCCCUCCUGUUAUACAGUAGCUAACCUUCCUUUUAUUUAUACAUUAUGUCAAGUAUUUCUGCAAUGAUUGAUGGAAAUCUUUUCACAUUCUAUAGAUGCAACACUUCCUUUAUGGGUAUUUUUUCUUGAUGCCUAUUUGUCUCAUUCCACUUACUGCAUUUAUUUUUUUGUUCAGAAAAGUAUUUCAUAUACUGUAUUUAUAAAUUACUCUUUUUCUUAAUCAGAAACCUUUGUUUUACAUAAUCUUGUACAGUAAAAGCAAGAUUCCAGAUAUAAUUAUCACUUAAUACAGUAUUUAGCCCUAUUGCCCAAUUUAUUGGCAUUAAACUUAAAUUAUAACUAAAAAGUUUGUUUCCUUCACAACUUAAGGAACUCUAUCAGCUUUAAAGCUAGCCUUAUUAUUAAUGUGCAAAUGUGCACUGUAUUUCAAUCACUGUUACCAUUAAAGAUUACUCUUUGUGACUACAGUACUAAAGCUAUUUGCUAUGAAAAUUAUACUGUAUUUACAAUAUUUACACUAUAAUAAAUAUAUAUAUACAUA